AUGACAUUACCUGCAAAUUCAAAAGCAUCUCACGAAUCAAGUGAUGCGGGAUGUAGAUUGGAUUGCAUCAGAAACUGUUCUUGCAUGGCUUAUGCCUAUAAUAAUAGUGGGUGUUUUUUGUGGGAAGGAGCUCUUAUUAACUUACAACAGGCAGGGAUUGCUGGUGGUGGCAGGACUGGAGCAGAUAUUUACAUCAGACUUUCUGCUUCUGAGCUUCAACAUCAGAUUGGUAGUGGUAGUCCCCUAAUAGUUGUUGGUUAUGAUUUGGCUAACAAUAUUAUUUGCUCUAUAUACAAACAGGCCUCUUCAUAUACUUCUGCUGUCUGCGCAAGGGAGCAAAGGUACAUCCUGGUUCUUGCUGUAAUUUCUGUUACUUCAUUGUCUACUGGUUGGCUUAACUCUAAGAUUCUAAGUUACUGGUAA